AUGUCUCAGACUAAUUGUGGACGGCAAAUACUCUGGGUGCAUGCUCAAGACAUAGCGACCGCCUUCCCCGAUGAACGGCGCGAUGGCAAACUCUCCAAGAACAGUCCGCUGUUGGAGCUCAAAUACGCAGGACAGCAACCAAGCCACAGCAACGCAGCUUUGAUGGCGAAUGCUCCUACAAUUUUAUCUCUGACCUAUCAAGUUUUCAACUACACAGCAUUUUCCUGCACCCGGCCGGGCGGCCAAUGGCUUAGAGCGAACAACACUGAAGCCAUCCACAACAACAUACAUCAUAGUGUCGGAGGAUUUGGACACAUGCAAUUUCCAGAGGUUGCGAGUUGUGAUCCUGUCUUCUGGUUGCAUCACGCCAAUGUCGACCGCCUUUUUGCCAUGUGGCAGAAACUGAACCCUGACAGCUACGUCGACCCGACGGUUAAUACAUACAGGUCAUACUACGAGGCAGUCGGCUUCAUUGACUCGGGGACAACCGGCCAGCGCUACACAGAAUACGCAGACAGGGAAGCUGAGUCCAUCAGAGCCGGCUGA